AUGGCAAGUAACAUUAAUCUUGAUAGUGACGAGAAUGGGGCUCGAUUCUUCCACUUUGUCACCCGUCCAAAAAAUAAGAAAGAUAAAAAGAUUGGCUUCUUGAGGGAGAUCAACAAUGGCGGUGCGUCCAAGCUCCGAGUUGGCUUCUAUUCCCAAACCUACCCUACCGACAAAACCCUCAUCAGGCAAGCCUUCAAUGCCGAUGUCCAGAAGACUGACGACAUCGACGCUCACCUUCUCCGGAUGCAUUUCCACGACUUCUUUGUCAGAGUCAUUCUCAUCGAUUCGGCGAACGGGAACACGGCAGAAAAGGAUGCGAAGAUCAACAAUGACAAAGCAGUCGUGGAAAUGCAUCCGUAGAAGGUCAGCGCCGAUAUCGUCAGUCUUCCCGACAGCGUCAUUGAAGGUUUACCUUACGAGGGUUUCGGCGGUAGGGCAGGUUUGGGAGUAGAAGCCAAUGCGGAGCUUAGCUGCUACCAUAGAGCCAUGUAGAAUAAAUAGUUAAGGGCGCUAACACCGCCAUUGUUGAUCUCCCAAAAACAGUCAUUGUUUUUUUUAAUUAUUUUUUAUG